AUGGUGUACGUGGACCCUGCGGAAUUGAAGUGGAUGCCGUAUAUCAAGACCUGGAUAACAACUCUUUCGGAAGCUCUCGUUAAAGACGAACAUCGACAGUUUAUCAUUGAUCUCUUCGCAAAAUACUUUGAAGCCGGCUUGGUCUUCUGCAGAAUGAAUUGCGAGUUUCCGAUAUCUCAGGUUGACAUCGGCAAAGCGGCUAUGACCUGCUCGGUAAUAGAGAGUCUGCUCAGCGAGCCGGGGGCCAUCGAAAGAACCACGGACAAAGCACGGAUCAAAUCGUUCAUCACUCAGGUCUUCCUGUUUGCUUACCUAUGGGCGGUCGGUGGUAACGUCGUGGAUGCCUCUCGAACCAGCUUCGAAGAAUUCACGAGGAACCAAUUCGAGGGCAACGAGGACAUAGUGUUGUCAUCGGACGACCUGUGGAACCUUUUCGUGAACGUUCCCGGCCACCGACUCGACACGUGGACAGAUAUCAUGCCGGAAUUCGUGUACGACAGCGAGACACCUUUCUUCGACAUCCUCGUUCCGACAGUGGACACCGUGCGAUUCGGUUACAUGAUGCAGAAGUUGGUGGAGAUAAACAAACCGGUAUUUUUCACUGGAGACACUGGAGUUGGAAAAUCGUUGAUAGCAAAGAUAGUGUUGAAAAACUUGGAGGAGACGCAACUCUGGAUGCCGAUCACUUUAGCCUUCUCGGCUCAGACCAGUAGCGGCAGGACUCAAGAGAUUCUCGAAUCGAAGCUGGAAAGAAGAAAGAGGACUGUAUUGGGGGCACCGAUUGGUAAACGAGUCUGUGUAUUCGUCGACGACGUCAAUAUGCCUAAACUGGAUACUUACGGAUCUCAGCCGCCCAUCGAACUUUUACG